AUGGCUGUACAAAGCGCGGCCGGGCGCAUCGCCCUGGAGUGGCUCUUCUCGGAGACCUUUCCGCUGCACACCCAAUUCGUCGAGCAGCCGCAGCCCCUGCGCAAGUGGGAGCUGGGCAAGUGGCACGACUGCGUCGCUUACAUGUGGUGGGGGGAAGACGUGUACCAGUGCCUGCUGGCUGGCGUCGUGCCCCCGGAACAGCGCCUGUUCGUGCGCCUGCAGCUGCAGCGCGCCGGGCGGCUCUCUGAACUCCACAGGUCCGUCUACGUGCGUGACACGCUCCGCCUGAGCGCGGAGCUGCAGCUGCCCAUCCGCCCGCGGUCGUGGUUCCUCGGACCCAUCCACUGGGCUGGAGAAUCACAAGAGUACGUGGACCGCGUGUUCAACGUCGCCGCCCUGGUGGCCGAGGGACGGGAGCCGCCCGCCGAGCUGGCGGGAGAUUGCGCCGAGGACCUCAUCGCUCAGCACAUGGAGUCGGAGGAGGAGGCGGAGUGA